AAUAUAUAUUCUCCAGUGUGUUCCAGCUUCCAGACAAAAAAACAAAAAAGUUCACUGUAGUGUGUCGAGUCCAGUCAGUCAUACUCGAUAAAGAUUUAUUUUUUCCGAGAAAGAGAGUGAAAGAAACAACAAUACCCCAACCAAGCCAACUAACCAACCACAGAAGUGAAAAUGUCCAGCUCAGUGUACCUUAUCUUCUCCAUCGUUCUCAUCUCCGCCGUUUCAACCCUCCCUCCUAUCUUUGCCACCGACCAUAUUGUUGGGGCUAAUAAGGGUUGGAAUCCCGGUCUAAACUACACCCUUUGGGCUAACAACCACACAUUUUAUGUUGGCGACUUUAUCUCAUUUAGGUACCAAAAGAACCAGUACAAUGUGUUUGAGGUGAACCAAACUGGAUAUGACAACUGCACAACUGAAGGUGCAGUAGGGAACUGGACCAGCGGCAAAGACUUCAUACUCCUCACUGAGGCCAAAAGGUACUACUUCAUUUGUGGAAAUGGGCAGUGCUUCAGUGGCAUGAAGGUAUCUGUGGUUGUCCACCAUCUGCCGCCGCCUCCAUCCUCUGCUCCCAAGCACUCUUCUCAGAAUUCCACUGCCGCAGCAGUUCCAAGCCCUGGAUUCCGGGCGUUGACAGUGUCAUUGGCAUUCAUCUGGUUUGGAUCUUGGGGGCUUUAGUGUUGUUGUAGCAGCUUUAGAUCAGGGAAGUGUAUUAUUGAAUCAUUUCAUUAUUGGGGUCUUUUAUUUUGUGUGUGCCAAACUCUUUGGAGACAGUCCUUUUCAAUUGACUUUUCCCCUCCUACUUCUGUGAGAUUAGUUCUCAUUUUGCAUUGACUGCAUUUCUUUCUUAAUGUUAUUGUCAUUUUAGGGGAAGAAAAAGAAAAUGGCAAAGUCCAUAUUUAGGGCAAGGCUUCUUUUGGUAUUUAUUGGAUUGUGUAUACUAAGUAGGAGAAAGAAUACUGAUUUAGAGUAUUUUUUGAGGUGUAUGUUAUCUUCCCAUAACCGGUUUUAAUUAGGUUUGCAUUUCAAUGCAGGUAAAGCUCUGCAUUCAAUAUUCUCUGUUUUUUAUUUGAACUCAUAAAAAGUACAGAUUUUAUUUAUUUA